AUGUCAGAGAUUAACAACAAGGGUGACACCUGUGAGCAGGUGUAUUGUAAUGACAAACCUUGUCAGCUUUAUUGGGGAGAAAAGCAACAAGUGAUGCGGGUGUCAGGGAUUAACAACAAGGGUGACAGCUAUGAGCAGGUGUAUUGUACUGACAAACCUUGUCAGCUUUAUUGGGGAGAAAAGCAGCAAGUGAUGCGGGUGUCAGAGAUUAACAACAAGGGUGACAGCUAUGAGCAGGUGUAUUGUACUGACAAACCUUGUCAGCUUUAUUGGGGAGAAAAGCAACAAGUGAUGCGGGUGUCAGGGAUUAACAACAAGGGUGACAGCUAUGAGCAGGUGUAUUGUAAUGACAGACCUUGUCUGCUUUAUUGGGGAGAAAAGCAGCAAGUGAUGCGGGUGUCAGAGAUUAACAACAAGGGUGACAGCUAUGAGCAGGUGUAUUGUAAUGACAGACCUUGUCAGCUUUAUUGGGGAGAAAAGCAGCAAGUGAUGCGGGUGUCAGAGAUUAACAACAAGGGUGACAGCUAUGAGCAGGUGUAUUGUACAGACAAACCGUGUCAGCUUUAUUGGGGAGAAAAGCAACAAGUGAUGCGGGUGUCAGGGAUUAACAACAAGGGUGACAGCUAUGAGCAGGUGUAUUGUACUGACAGACCUUGUCUGCUUUAUUGGGGAGAAAAGCAGCAAGUGAUGCGGGUGUCAGAGAUUAACAACAAGGGUGACAGCUGUGAGCAGGUGUAUUGUACUGACAAACCUUGUCAGCUUUAUUGGGGAGAAAAGCAGCAAGUGAUGCGGGUGUCAGGGAUUAACAACAAGGGUGAAACCUGUGAGCAGGUGUAUUGUACUGACAAACCGUGUCAGCUUUAUUGGGGAGAAAAGCAACAAGUGAUGCGGGUGUCAGGGAUUAACAACAAGGGUGACAGCUAUGAGCAGGUGUAUUGUAAUGACAGACCUUGUCAGCUUUAUUGGGGAGAAAAGCAACAAGUGAUGCGGGUGUCAGAGAUUAACAACAAGGGUGACAGCUAUGAGCAGGUGUAUUGUACUGACAGACCUUGUCAGCUUUAUUGGGGAGAAAAGCAGCAAGUGAUGCGGGUGUCAGGGAUUAACAACAAGGGUGAAACCUGUGAGCAGGUGUAUUGUACAGACAAACCUUGUCUGCUUUAUUGGGGAGAAAAGAAGCAAGUGAUGCGGGUGUCCGAGAUUAACAACAAGGGUGACAGCUAUGAGCAGGUGUAUUGUACUGACAGACCUUGUCAGCUUUAUUGGGGAGAAAAGCAGCAAGUGAUGCGGGUGUCAGGGAUUAACAACAAGGGUGAAACCUGUGAGCAGGUGUAUUGUACUGACAAACCUUGUCUGCUUUAUUGGGGAGAAAAGCAGCAAGUGAUGCGGGUGUCAGAGAUUAACAACAAGGGUGACACCUGUGAGCAGGUGUAUUGCACUGACAAACCUAGACACGUAAUUGUGACGAACUUGGAUUCAAUCUCACAAACACAGGUGGCAGAUCUAGAUGCACCAAAGGGCCGCAACUCUGCACACUACACGCACUACACGCAACUCUGCACUACACUUGUCAUUCCGGCAUACCGGAUAUAG